AUGGCGCGCCCGAGGGGUAAGAAGCGCACGGCGCCCCAGGCGGCCGCCACUGAUUCGGUCGAGCCGGAGGCCGCCGCCGGUGCUCCGAGCAAGCCGGAGGCGGCGGCGACGGAGCCGGCAACUCGGGGGCGGGGGAAGCGCGUCAAGGCGCCGCCCAAGCCCAAGCCCGAGACGGACUACUUCCCCGAGAAGAGAAACCUGGAGGAUCUCUGGUUAUCUGCUUUCCCAGUUGGUACUGAGUGGGAAAACAUUGAUAAGAUAAAGGAGUUCAACUGGAACUUCGAAAAUUUAGAGAAAGCCUUAGAAGAAGGGGGAGAGCUUCAUGGGAAAACAGUUUAUAUGUUUGGAAGUACCGAGCCCCAGCUAUUGGAUGUUAAUGGAGAAUCAAAGAUAGUGCUUAUUCCAAUCGUAGUUGUUGUAGACUGCCCUUUCCCUCCAUCAGACAAAAUUGGCAUAAACUCAGUCCAAAGGGAAAAUGAGGAAAUCGUGCCAAUGAAGGCGAUGAAGAUGGCAUGGGUGCCUUAUGUUCCACUUGAGGACCGGCUUAGCAGGAUUGACAGUUUGAAAACAAAAAUAUUCACUCUCGGAUGCACGCAGCGAAGGUCUGCGCUGAAGCAUCUCAAAAUUGAGAGAGUCAAGAAGUUUGAUUACUGCAUGCCUUACUAUAUGCCACUGCAGCCUCUUGAAGACGAGGAUGACACAGUUAUCAAUUUCUUAUAUCCUCUAGAACCCCCGAUAGUAGAUGAGUUUGACUGGGAAAUGGAUGAUUACGAGGAUUUUGCAGAUCAGAAAGCCCAAGAAGGUAGCCUGCCAGAGGGUGAGAAAGAAAAAUUCAAGGAGUUCCUCAAGGAGAAGGUUAGAGAAAGGAAGAGAGAGCUGAAACAGGCUAAAGAAGCCAGGAAGAAAGCUAUCGAUGACAUGGACCCUAAAAUGAAAGAAGCACUCGAGAAUAUCAAAUUUUACAAAUUUUAUCCUGUAAAAACCCCAGACACGCCUGAUGUAAACAAUGUAAAGGCUAGGUACAUCAACAGAUACUACAGGAAUGCCCAUUGUCUGAUGUAA